AUGUAUUAUUAUUAUUAUUAUUAUUAUAACAUACGCCACCUCAAACGCCACCUCAACGCCACCUCAACGCCACCUCCACGCCACCUCCACGCCAACAUACGCCACCUCAACGCCACCUCAACGCCACCUCCACGCCACCUCCACGCCACCUCCACGCCACCUCCACGCCACCUCCACGCCACCUCGACGCCACCUCCACGCCACCUCCACGCCACCUCCACGCCAACAUACGCCACCUCAACGCCACCUCAACGCCACCUCAACGCCACCUCCACGCCACCUCCACGCCAACAUACGCCACCUCAACGCCACCUCCACGCCACCUCCACGCCACCUCCACGCCACCUCCACGCCAACAUACGCCACCUCAACGCCACCUCAACGCCACCUCAACGCCACCUCCACGCCACCUCCACGCCAACAUACGCCACCUCAACGCCACCUCAACGCCACCUCAACGCCACCUCCACGCCACCUCCACGCCACCUCCACGCCACCUCCACGCCACCUCCACGCCAACAUACGCCACCUCAACGCCACCUCAACGCCACCUCAACGCCACCUCCACGCCAUCUCCACGCCAACAUACGCCACCUCAACGCCACCUCAACGCCACCUCCACGCCACCUCCAUGCCACCUCCACGCCACCUCCACGCCACCUCCACGCCAACAUACGCCACCUCAACGCCACCUCCAUGCCACCUCCACGCCACCUCCACGCCAACAUACGCCACCUCAACGCCACCUCCAUGCCACCUCCACGCCACCUCCACGCCAACAUACGCCACCUCAACGCCACCUCCACGCCACCUCCAUGCCACCUCCACGCCACCUCCACGCCAACAUACGCCACCUCAACGCCACCUCCACGCCACCUCCAUGCCACCUCCACGCCACCUCCACGCCAACAUACGCCACCUCAACGCCACCUCAACGCGACCUCCACGCCACCUCCACGCCACCUCCGCGCCACCUCCAUGCCACCUCCACGCCACCUCCACGCCACCUCCACGCCACCUCCACGCCAACAUACGCCACCUCAACGCCACCUCCGCGCCACCUCCACGCCACCUCCAUGCCACCUCCACGCAACCUCCACGCCACCACCACGCCACCUCCACGCCAACAUACGCCACCUCAACGCCACCUCCACGCCACCUCCACGCCACCUCCACGCAACCUCCACGCCACCUCCACGCCAACAUACGCCACCUCAACGCCACCUCCACGCCACCUCCACGCCACCUCCACGCCACCUCCACGCCAACAUACGCCACCUCAACGCCACCUCAACGCCACCUCAACGCCACCUCCACGCCACCUCCAUGCCACCUCCACGCCACCUCCACGCCACCUCCACGCCAACAUACGCCACCUCAACGCCACCUCAACGCCACCUCAACGCCACCUCCACGCCACCUCCACGCCACCUCCAUGCCACCUCCACGCCACCUCCACGCCAACAUACGCCACCUCAACGCCACCUCAACGCCACCUCCACGCCACCUCCAUGCCACCUCCACGCCACCUCCACGCCACCUCCGCGCCACCUCCACGCAACCUCCACGCCACCUCCACGCCAACAUACGCCACCUCAACGCCACCUCCACGCCACCUCCACGCCACCUCCACGCCACCUCCACGCCAACAUACGCCACCUCAACGCCACCUCCGCGCCACCUCCACGCCACCUCCAUGCCACCUCCACGCAACCUCCACGCCACCUACACGCCACCUCCACGCCACCUCCACGCCACCUCCACGCCAACAUACGCCACCUCCACGCCACCUCCACGCCACCUCCACGCCACCCCCAGGCAACCUCCACGCAACCUCCACGCCACCUCCAUGCCACCUCCACGCCACCUCCACGCCAACAUACGCCACCUCAACGCCACCUCCACGCCACCUCAACGCCACCUCUAUGCCACCUCCACGCCACCUCCACGCCAACAUACGCCACCUCAACGCCACCUCAACGCCACCUCCACGCCACCUCAACGCCACCUCCACGCCACCUCCACGCCACCUCCACGCAACCUCCAUGCAACCUCCACGCCACCUCCAUGCCACCUCCACGCCACCUCCACGCCAACAUACGCCACCUCAACGCCACCUCCACGCCACCUCAACGCCACCUCUAUGCCACCUCCACGCCACCUCCACGCCACCUCCACGCCACCUCCACGCCACCUCCACGCCACCUCCACGCCACCUCCACGCAACCUCCAGGAAUAAAACCAGGAUUUCUAUUUUUGUGA